UCGGCUUAUCAUCCCCUGAAAUCAACAAGAUAUUUACAUCAGGGCUCACGACACCGCAGCUUCAGACAUUUCGCUCCUUUACGGCAAGUUGGAUUGGCUGGCUGUUUGUGGGCGGGGCCGUCCUUUGACAAUCUGUGUUUCCAGUUUAGCCGCAGGUUUCUCGGGAGCGCGCAUUGGAAGGCUACAGCCAGCCGUGAGCCUCGUUAGGUUUAUCCUCCGCCUUAUAACCGGCAUGGCAGCGCUGCUAGCCCGCAAAGCUGUGGACUAUGUCAAGAGCAAGGACUUCCGAGACUAUCUCAUGAGUACGCACUUCUGGGGGCCUGUGGCAAAUUGGGGACUGCCUAUUGCUGCUAUCAAUGAUAUGAAGAAAUCACCAGAGAUUAUAAGUGGCCGUAUGACAUUUGCCCUCACAUGCUACUCAUUGAUGUUUAUGAGAUUUGCCUAUAAAGUUCAGCCUAGAAAUUGGCUCCUAUUUGCAUGUCACUUAACCAAUGAAGGCGCACAGCUCAUCCAGGGAACACGUCUCAUAAAAUUUGAAAUGUUUAAAAAGGACGUUGCAGAGAAAUGAACUCAACAGAACCUCACUCAAUCAAUCAUGGAUAGCCUACCUUCUUGGAAACAAGAAAAAAUAUAUAUAUAUUAACUUUUUGUGGUAGAGAACUGUUACUAAAUUGAGGUAAAAGCGGAACUUGGUGUUUUUAUUCAUUCACACAGAGUGUACUAAUGGCCUUUCUAAUAAAGUAACCAACUUUAUAACAUG